AUGAGUUCAAAUGAAGUUUUGGCCGGCACCUUGUCAGAUACUAUGGAGUAUCAAAGAAGCAGACUUUGAUGCUGAAGCUGCUUGCUCUCUUUCCGUGGAGUAUAAUUCACUGGCAUGGAAAAAAGAGAAGACAUCACAAACUCUGACACUCACGAAAUGGAGAAGAGUGAAUCAACUCAAGAAUUAUCUGAAAAUGGGAAAGCAAGUUUGAAGGACAACAAAGAGGAAGAGAUGUUGAUGUUGGAGUCAAAACACGCUGAGAAGAAUGGAGAAAACUCAAAGGAAGACAUGCAGCUUUCAAUGGAGAAGAAAACUAGAACAUCAGCAAAACAAACUCCAAAAGGAAAGCACACUGUUCCUCAGCCCUUCUCUCUGUUGCCAGAGAGAAGGGCAUCCAAAGAAAGGAAAAGUAUUUUGGAGCAAUCUAAUCCCAAACUAUCAAAGUCUCUUAGCUUAAGGACUGAUCCGCAGCGUUGUUUAAGAACAAUACAGACUCAAACUUCGUUUAGGGCUUGAAAAGAUUACAGAGCUACGACAAGGAAGCACUAAAUCCGGGUCGACACUUCAAAAGGUAAUUCGAACUUCAACAUCAGUUAAGGUGGAAAAGAGUGUUGAGGCAAAGCACGGUGUUGCAAAAUCAGUGGACUGUGAACAAGUAGAGCAGCAAAAGGAGUCUGUGAACAAAAAGACGGACAAGGAAAAAGAAAAAGAGCCUGAAGCCAAGAAGCCAUUACUUGCUUCAAAGCCAAAGCCCAUGAACCAAAUGAAGGGUAAGGUUUCAGAGAAAGAAGAGAUUGGAACUAAGAAACUGAACCUAAACUCCAAAGCUAAGCAUAGUAUUGAAGAAUUAGAGAUCAAGUUGAAGAAGAGCUCGACCUUCAAAGCAUCACCAUUACCGAGUUUCUAUAGCAAAAGAAUAGCUUCUCCAAAGGCUAAGCAAUUAGAGAAAGAAGAGGAAAAGGAGAAGAAUAAACUACAGAAGAGUGCUACAUUCAAGCCAUCACCAUCGCCGAACUUCUACCAAAAAAAUCCCGCCAAUUCUCGGAAUCCUGACUUAGCAGUAAAGAGUCCCGUGCAAUCUAAAACACCAACUCUGAAUCUUCAGAGCAAAUCAUUGUCUCGUGCUGAAAGCAAAAAGAUGGACUUGACGACGAAGACUGCUCCGCAAAUUGCACGCGAAAGAACGAGGGAGACGAUAAAGAAAUUGUUCAAAGGGCCUUGGAAGGCUUCAAAUGCUAAACAAGAUGCAGAAACAAAAAACUCUGAAAAUGGAGAGGUCUCAUCAAGUGAAGGAAACAAUGUGGCAGUGGAUGCAUGAACUACAACUUUGCUUCAUUUCAUGUUCUCUAUAUUCCUUCUCUCAUGUAGUGAUUCCAUUGGAACGUUGAAACCAUGCAAUUAAAAAAAAAACAUGAAAGAGUUUGUUGAGGUGUGUUGUAAUUUGUAGUUUGUGGAUUUGCUUAAUGAUAUAAGUUGAUCUUUUUCUUAGAAUUCAAUCAUUUUAAAAA